GAAGGCCAUGGGUGAAGAGGGUUGAUAUCCUGGCCUUUGAGCUUCGGCGGCGGCCAUGACGCGAGCAGAACUAGGCACGUACCGCUGGGUGGAGUCAAGCCCUUUUAUCCCUCUGGAGAAGCGGAAGUCGCCUGUACUGGGGCUUCUGUCUGCAAGCACGCACGUAGCGGGAAAAGAGGGACCCACCCUGCAGGCCCCGCGUCCUCCCCUUCCACCUUGGCCGGAAAGAGCUUCCUUCUGCUUCAAGUCCUAUAGCACCGCGCGCGCCUCAAGAUGCUUAGGAAGGGGAUUCAGCGGGGGCGUUAGAGGUCUUGGCGAUGGGACUCUGACCAGAGGUUUACCUUAGGAGGUGCUCUCCCAAACUAAGUGAAUUAUCAGCCAGUGCUGCCAGCUUCUUUGUGAGCAGGGUGCCAAUUCCUGUGAAAUAAGCCAGCCAUUGUCACAUGUCCCCAGGGCCCGGAAAUAGCUAGUAAAUACAAGGAGUUUGCCAAGGAUGGCCCUCACUCUGGUUAUUAGGAAUAUGAAAAGGAAAAAACAAAAGAUUACAAUGAAGAAAAAAGCCAGAUACUAUUUAGGCCAGGUGAUUGUUAAGGUUAGUGAUAGGUUGACAGCACGAACCCUUGAAUGCCUGCUCUAGGACAUGAGAAGGGCUCCACCAAAACCCAGAACUUAUAUUAGAGCGUCAGAUAGACCGAAUCAAAUGGACUCUUCACAAGAUAUUUGGCUCAUACUACUCAAAGCCUUCAAGGUCAUAAGUGAGUAAAGUCUGAGAAACAGACCGGAGGAAACAACAGUUUAGGGUGAGAUUUUAAAACGGAAACGCGGCACUACUGGUAAAAUUCAUGACAAUGUAAUAACUACAAAGCGUGAAUUCCUGGUAAUGAACCCUGUUGACUUCUGACUGUGGUAAAGGGAAUGUUAAUAGGGGAAACAUAAAGAUCCUGUGAAAUACUUCUUUUUAAGCCACUAAAACAACAGAAAUCAUGAGCAGUAUUGUAGCCAGAAAAGAUAAUGAUCCAUAUUGUGGAAACGGGAUGAAACUGACCAGUGAGAAGUUGCCCAAAAACCCUUUCUCGCUAUCUCAGUACGCUGCUAAGCAACAAACGUUCUUCCAGUGGAAGAAGGAAAAGCCUGAUUAUUACCGCCAUGCUAAUUUGGUGGAUACAGCACUGCAGUUCCUGAAAGAAAGGAUAAGAAAAGGGGAUGCUAUGGCAUAUUUUCUAAGAGGCCAACUCUAUUUUGAAGAGGGCUGGUACGAAGAAGCCUUAGCACAAUUUGAAGAAAUCCAGGAGAAAGACCAUCAGGCAAUUUAUCAGCUAGGAGUGAUGUAUUAUGAUGGGUUGGGGACUGUCGCAGAUGCUGAAAAAGGAGUGGGCUAUAUGAAGAAAAUCCUUGAUUCUUCAUGCCCCCAGACAAUGCACUUGAAAUUUGCUGCUGCUUACAACCUCGGAAGAGCUUAUUUUGAAGGAAAAGGCGUGAAGCGAUCCGACGAGGAAGCGGAGAGACUGUGGCUUUACGCUGCUGACAAUGGAAACCCAAAAGCUAGUGUGAAGGCACAAAGUAUUCUAGGAUUGUUUUAUUCAAUGAAAGAGCCCAAAGACUUAGAAAAGGCAUUUUUCUGGCAUUCGGAAGCUUGUGGCAAUGGAAAUCUGGAGUCCCAGGGUGCACUUGGUCUCAUGUACUUUUACGGACAGGGAAUUCGCCAAGACACUGACGCCGCCCUGCACUGCUUACGGGAAGCAGCUGAACGAGGGAAUGUCUAUGCCCAGGGGAUUCUUGUGGAGUACUACUACAAGAUGAAGUUCUUUACCAAGUGUGUUUCGUUUUCCAAAAGGAUAGCAGACUAUGAUGAGGUUCACGACAUCCCCAUGAUAGCCCAUGUCACAGACUGUCUCCCAGAGUUUAUCAGCAAAGGCAUGGCCAUGGCGUCUUUCUACUAUGCGCGGUGUCUCCAGCUUGGCUUGGGCAUUACAAAAGACGAAGCAUCUGCCAAGCACUAUUAUUCUAAAGCUUGCCGUCUGAACCCUACACUGGCAGAUGAACUUCACUCCUUACUUAUUCACCAGAGAAUUUAGACCACAAAGCAUUUCAACAAAGACCACCAAUUCUAACUGGAAACAAUGUGUGUGUGUUUACAGCGGCUACAUCUGUAUCCUGCUGUAUUAUCCAGGGUAUUUCACAGAAAUUUUAGUUUUGUUAUUAUAUUUGUAUUCUGUAAUUUUUACAAACUAAAAUUUAGACACCAACCAAAUUGCUGGGAAGAGAUUCAGAGACUAUAGAGUGGCCUGAACUGUACUGAGUUUGAAAACAUGCCAAGAGCAAAUACCUCUUUGCCUUAUUAAAUGCAGUGUCUGAAACUA